AUGCCGCCACGCCGUAGCACCCGUGGCAAGGGAAAGGAAAAAGCAACUGACGAUGAGCCGAUGGCGGACCCUCCUUACGUCGCUUGGAUGAAGGAGCAGAAGAAACAGGGGAAGUCGACCCCCUCCAUCAAACGUUUAUCCAAGUCAAAGCGCGACUCUGCAGGCGCGUCUACCAGUGGAGCGUCGCGGCUUGCUUACGAAGAGGGCGCCGAUACCGACGUCAGCGAUGACGAUCUCGAAGAGAUCGUUUCGGAAUCGGAUAGCGACGCCGACUCCGAUAACGACAAGGAUGGCAGUGACGAGGAGGAGGAAGAGUCUGACGGUGAUGGGAGCGGCGACGAUCGCAGCACACGCGCCUCGGAAAAGGAGAAGCGACCUAAACCGACGAGCAACAAGAGGCAGUGGUCGGAUGCGGAGCUGACGACGCUCGCUGCCGCCAAAUGGACUACAAAGGACGACCUCAAAGCGAUGCAGGGCAAGCAAGGCAGCCAGUAUUGGAAGAAGCUGCACGCCCACAUAGUCGAAGGGGAACCGGGGUGGAACCGCGACGAGGGGCAGAUGUCGAACGCGUGGAAACGCCUCGAGAAGAAGUACUUCAAAACGAAGCGUGGAGAGUCCUCCAGCGGCGGCAAAGCAGUGAAGAAAAAACCGUGGUGGGAAUACGUGUACAACCUAAAGAAACACUCGGCGAAGGAGGCCCACGCCCUGGACGGUGGGGGCGCCGCCAACGUCAACGUCGAGGCGUACGCCCCGGUGCCCGGCACCAAUGACCGGGAGACCUCGGUUCCGCCGGGCCAGGCGCAACAACGUGCAUCACGUCGCCACGAAUCCAACAUAGAUGCGGCAAUCACCCCGCCACCGAAACGACGGCGGGUAGAGGAAACCGCGACGAUGGCGGCAGCGAAGUUGGUGAGCGAGGCGAUCAACUCCACCAACGUGAACGUGGUGCGCCAGCUCCAGGACUCAACGCAGAUUCUUGUCGCCGCGAUGAACAUGGCGGCGCUGCAGGCAGGCUUGCGCCUGCAGAUGGUCGCCCCGCAAGCUCCUCAUGAUGCGCCUGCCACCACUCCGCCUCCAGAGCCGCCAGCGGACACAGGCGACGCCACCAUGGCCGGGUCAGAGGAGGCGGCCGAGCAGCCAGCGCCUUAG